GGCACCGAACCGGGCUGACGGAUUACCGCGGGGUCGGGAGGUCACCGGCAGCCCCCCCGCCCUGCUGCCUUAGCAUCCUCGGCAGCGCGGGUCCCGAGCGCUUCCCCCAGCCAUCUAAUCAUUUCUGGCGAGCUAAUUAAUAAGCUGGCUGUGCCCCGCGAUGCACGGCUUCCUACGGGUUGCAGCAAGAGGCGGCUUUGCUCCUCCCCGCCUCUCCUGCCGCUGACUCUGCCCACUGAGCCGCACGAAGAGCCGAGGAGGAGAAAUGGAGGGGGAAUUGGCCAGGACCAAAGCCCGGCUGCCCUCGCUGCUCCUGGCGCUGCUCGGCCUCGGGCCAGAGCUCCUCUUCGGCCAAGCCCGGGCGCAGCCCUGGCAGGUGAACGGUGUCCUGGGGGGGUCCGCGCUGCUCUCCCCGGCUCUACCCCCCAACAAGACAGUGAGGGAGAUCGAGUGGAGCUUUUCAACCGGCGCCGGUGCCACCAUCCAAGUGGCAGAGUUUCGGUCCGGCACCUUCGAGCGCCCCGACCCCAAGGACCGGUUCAAGGACCGGCUGGAGAUGCUCAACGAGACGGCGCUGAAGAUCAGGGCCCUGGAGCGGGGUGACAGCGGGGUCUACGGGGCUCGGAUUAAACUGCACCCGGCGCUGGUGGAGGAUCAGAUCUUCAACCUCUCCGUCUACGAGUCGGUGCCGAGCCCCCGGACCCGCAGCCAGCUCCUGGCCAGCACCCUGGAGUGGUGCAACCUGACGCUGCAGUGCCAGGGCGCCGGCAAAGGCGUCGUCAACGUCACCUGGAAGAGGGACAACGUCAUCCGGGACCUGACCCCCGACCGCCACCAGCUCUCCCAGGACGGGACCACCCUACGGCUGGCCCUGCCGCCCACCGCCACCAACGUCACCUACGCCUGCACCGUCAGCAACCCCGCCGACCAAAAGGUCGUCCUCUUCGACCUGCAAGCCAUCUGCCAAAGCGGAGGGGGACAGACGUCCUUCUCAAAGUCGGGGUACAUCGUCCUGACCCUCAUCCUGCUGGCGGUGAGCUUGGGGGGAGCCUUCUGGUGCUGGCGGAUGAAUAGCGAGAAGGCGGCAGACCCAGCUGCCACCCCCACGGUGCCCGCCGAAGAGAGCCCCUCUGACCCCCAGUACGCCGAGAUCGUGCGCCGCAGCCCCCCGGAAGGUAAUGACCAGGGCCCCGGUCACCCCGAAAAUAACCAGGAGCAGAGCCCGCCGCAGAAAACACCGGUCACCACCGUCUACGAGCAGAUCCGCCGGGCGCCAGAGGACACGGCCGAGGAGGUGACAUAGGCCCUCAGGCACCCGCAGAGCCGGAGCAUCGGGAUUUCCCGGAAGGGCUGUAAAGUGCGUUGUGUGCCAAAUCCGAACCCUCCAGCCCCCCGUUUCGGCUCCGGGGGUGGGAGGCACCGUCUCGGGGCGAUAGCCGGACGGACGCUUUUCCCCCCCUACCUCCGGUUUCUCUCCAACCUCCUUGUCUGACACCCUCUGAAAACUGUUUGGGGAGUGGGAUCCCGGACGAGCUGGGGGACCCUUCCGCCGUCCCUGGAUGUCCCGGGAUGCUCCGGGAUGGGGGGACCCCGGGGUUCACCUCCCACAUGCCGCUGCUGCCGGGCUUGAUCGGGCCUGGGGGGCGUUGGGGAGGGCAGGCAUGCACUGCAGGGCCAGGAUGAGACCCUCUGGGGCAGAUUGACCCCCCCACCCCUCCCCAACUCCCCCCUUUCCCAGCCUCCAGCUCCCACCGUGGCUUCCCCGGGACCCUCUGUGGGGAGAUGCCCACCCUCUUCGCUGCUGCCGCAGAGGGGACACCGGGGUGACCCCCCAACGCCGUCCCACGCAGCUCCACUGGUGCAGACCCAGGUGGCAUCUCCGGGGCCACGGAGGGAUGCAGAAGGGACCGUCGCCUGUGCAGAUCCACCGAGAAACACCCCCCAAAUUACCUCUUCCCCCCCUGCCCCCCCACCCCCCCCCCCCCGCCCCAUAGCUGUUGCCUGUGUAGCCCGUGCACUGUCACGAGGGAGCGGGUGUCUCACUGCCUGUGUGUCCAGCACCUACUGCCACGGGGCCCCUCGCUCGGCCAGACCUCCCGCCGUUGUAAAAAGAGCAAAUAAAUGUUGGUGAGAUCA